GUCGUGGAAUGAUAUCGAAUGUUUCGUGUUGAAAAAAAUUGAAGUCUUUAAUUUGGCGAAUUCAUUCGUUUACUUUGCGUUUAUUUUUAGCCUUAGUACUUUCGUUUGAUACGUUUGCUACCGAGUAUUUAUAAAAUUAAAAAGCGUUCAGGUGUUACAUUUGCAAUCGUAAUUACGAUUCAUCAACUAUCCAAAGUGAAUAAAGAAAAACCUACAUCACACCUACAAUCAUACGUGUUACGUGUACAUACAUAUGUCUUGGUUUUCAUCAUUAUCAACAGUUUGUUAAAAAUUUGAAGCUGCAAGUACUUCUCCACUAAGAAUCGCCUGAAAAUGAACGGCCUGAGCAGUAAUGAUGAUGCAGUCGAGUGCCCGUUGUGUAUGGAGCCCCUCGAGGUGGACGAUCUGACAUUCUUCCCCUGUACCUGCGGAUAUCAGAUUUGCAGGUUCUGUUGGCACAGAAUCCGCACGGAUGAAAACAAGCUGUGUCCAGCCUGUCGGAAGGAAUAUCCAGAAAAUCCUGCUGACUUUAAGCCGCUAACACAGGAAGAAAUGAUUGCCUUCAAGUCCCAAAAACGACAAAGGGACCAACAACGAAAACAAAAGAUAACCGAGAAUCGAAAACACUUGGCCAACGUUCGCGUGGUCCAAAAGAACUUGGUGUUUGUUGUGGGCUUACCACCUCGACUUGCUGACGCAGAUAUAUUAAAAAAACACGAAUAUUUUGGUAAAUAUGGGAAAAUUCAUAAAGUCGUUAUAAAUCCAAGUACCACGUAUGCCGGGGUCCAGGUAAGAGUUGGUCCAUCAGCUUCUGCCUACGUCACUUAUGUUAACAACUCGGAUGCUUUGCGGGCCAUUCAAAGCGUCAACAACAUUAUGAUAGACGGGCGACUCAUAAAGACUAGUUUGGGGACAACAAAGUACUGCAGCCACUUCAUGAAAAACCAGCAGUGUCCCAAGGGCGACUGUAUGUACUUACAUGAACUGGGCGAUCCCGAGGCCAGUUUUACAAAGGAGGAAAUGCAUCAGGGAAAGCACCAGGAGUACGAGAAGCGCCUACACGAUACUCUUAUUGCCUCGUUCGGACCGAAUACUGCAGGUAUUGUAAAUGGUAACGGAGCUUCUAAAGCAAAUGCCGCGAUUCCAUCGUCCUCGUCGGCAUCAUCCUCGUCCUCUGGAUCGGGUACGAACGCUUCUGGUGUAGCCAAUGCCCAGCAGAAGGAGGCCUGGCCCAGUUUAUCGGUGUCUCCCAUCAACGGCAGGGAGGCGCCUGCGAGUACAAACAAUUCCAGUGGGAAGAGCAAACGGGAGAAGCUGCGUAACGAAAAGCGACACGAGAAGAACAAAGCGAAGAAUAAGAAUGCGGGCAACUCAAACUCCAACGCCGCGAACAAGGAGAACUUUGUUCCUGAAUCGCGGAGUAGCACAAGUACUGAGACAUUCGCAGAGGCCACAGCGGAUGCUCAACCAACGCCCACAAAGGCUGAGCCGCCGCAGCAGAGCUCCGGCAAUCGAUCGAGGGCAGAUCGCGGCAAGGAUCGGACCUCCAAUCAUGCGGCCAGUGCAAAAGAACCCAAGAAGGGUAAGGAAACGACUGCAGCGGCACCAGCGGCAAGCAAACAGGUUGAGCGAAUCGAGCCGAGCGAAAGUACAAUAACACAAAAGAAGACGGAAGCAACUGAGAGCUGUGAAGAUAACUUACCACAAAAGAGAUUAGCGGCAACCAAUGUUCAAAGAUCUGUGAGCUCCUGUAGCGAAAAUAGCGAAGGCCACGUCUCGGAGAGUAGCUUAAGUGAAAAGAGUUUAGCCGGCGAUUAUACGGAGGAGAAGUGCAAUAGUGUGAAUUCUGAGAGCCAACCAGAAAGUGUACUCACCCAGGAGGACGUCGAAAAGAGCAACGAGGCUAUUGCCGAGGCUGAACCGAAACUAUCGGGAUCCAAAUCCUUAGAAGACCUCAGUAGCCCCGCUGCAGUGUCGCCUAGUACAAAAACAGAUAGCUUGCCCGAUGAAUCGGUUAGUUCUGCGAGUUUGCCGGAGAAUGGAACGCGAGUGACUGAUGCGCUGUCUAAGCUCAACAUUUAUGAUGACACGGCCAGCUUUUUCACAUCAUCAUCAUUCCAGCAAGCCCCCUUAAUAAAAAAUAAGUUCGAUUUGGAGAUGCGACAGUCUCAUUUACCAGACUUGGUAAACGAUAUUGAUGGAAUCCAAAAGGCAUCAAAUGCAAACGAGUGGGAGGAAGCUUUCAAAAAUGUGAUGAUACGCAACACAAGGCAUGUGGAGGAGCAAUUGCUUCAGCAGCAACAUUUGCAACAGCAGCAGCAGCAUCACCACCAGCAAGUAUUGCACCAACAGGAGGAGUUCCUUCGCAUGCACGAAUUACAAAAACGCAACCUGUUUGCGAAUAAUAUUUCACAAAUCAACGGUCCUGCAAAUGAUGUCCUAAGCCAUUUCCAAGCUAACUCACUCGAUUUAAACAGAGUUCAAGCCCAUGCACUCCUGCAGCAACAACUAUUACAACAGCAAACAGGGGAAAAUCUGUUUGGCGGAAACAUGUCAAAGUUCUUUGAUUUUCAUAAAAGCCAACAGCAGUCACACCAUCAGUAUCUUAAUGGACACCAGCCUCAAAUCAACGGAAAUAGUGCUGUGCCUGAGCCACAACGAGUACCAGCUUUCUUGGAAAAUAAUCGUCUGAAUUCGCCCUUUGUCGAAAAUGGACUUCUUAACUCACAACAGCAAGCUCAAAAGCAGAGGAUGAUGGGAAUGUUUGAAAAUUUGCCUCCAAACACGCAAUCUCAGCAGGCUCGGUUUACUCAGAACUCGAUAGUCGACGAUGACUUAGGUUUUGAUCCCUUUAUUGAGACCCAAAAGGGACUUGCUGAACUUAUGGAAAAUGAGGUUGUUCAACAACAGAGUAUUAACAAUGAAAUCCCCGGGCCGAAGCUUCCGCCACCGCCUCAAAUUCCCCCGCAUCAGCAACUGGUGGACAACAUGCAGCGAGCUCGCAUGCCGCCGCCGGGCUUUAAUCAUGUUAACACACUGGGAUUGGGUGGAGCAUCUAGACUUCAGCACACGAGCAAAAUGAUGCCCUUCAUGAACAUGCCCGUGAACGGGGUGGGAAACAACGGAGCCCAAGGGCAGCAUCAGGUCCCGAUGAAUGCCAACUGGAAUGCUCACUUGGCCAUGCAUCAAAACCCUGGACAGUCUGUGGGCGACUCCCAAUUGCAGCACCCGAUGGCUCACAACAAGGUUUACAACAACAGUGAUUGGACUACAAUGGAUCCGGCUAUACUUUCGUUCAGACAGUUUUCAUCUUUUCCACAAAACCAAAUUCCCCCACAUCCUCAACAACAGCAGGAUAUGUUUUUGCAGCAUUUGGCUCAACAGCAAAAUUCCCAGAGUGGUUUCAAUAAUCAGCCACAGCAACUGCUUCCUAUGGCGAUGCCCAAUAAUUUGCUGAACGGACAACAGUCGCAGCCGCCACAGGUCAAUGCCAAUGUUCAGGGCAUGCUUGAGUUUUUAAAAAGCCGUCAAUUCGUUUAGCUACAAUACAUAUAAAUAUUACAUUUGUUUACCUGUACUCUUUAUUAAAUAUUUCUUAAAGUAAA